AUGGCGAAACAGCUUGUGAUCCUGGAGGAAGAGUAUGAGGCAAGUCACAAUGUCUUUCUGAGCUGUUGAAUAUCCCAUACUGAGUUAAUAAUUACUCAAAUUCAUCCACACCUGUAUCAAUACCAGUUCAACUCAAAACACGCUCUCACAUUUCAGGACAUCUCCCUGGAUGACCUGAGGAAUGAACUUCCAGAGCGGCAGCCAAGAUAUCCUUUUAUAACAAGUCGGAGUGAUACAGCAGAAAUCUGUUAACCUCAUAUUCACCAGAACUGCCCGUGUUAGUUGUAUCAAUGACCAGUGAUUGGAUCUCCUUGACAAUAUAGUGUACAUUCAUUGUUUACAGCUACAAAUACAUCCAUACAGAUGGCAGGGUGUCCUACCCACUGUGUUUCAUAUUCUCAAGUCCAGUGGGUGAGUAUUUCACCCUAAUUCAGUGAACAGUUUGUAAGUCGCUCUGGAUAAGAGCGUCUGCUAAAUGACAAAAAAACUGCCAAUUGAGUGAAGGAUUAGCAUUACUGUGCUGCAACAUCCCUUUGCACAAAAUAACUUUUGGAAGGUAGUAAGUGCUGAUAAUUGAAAGUAGAGAUGAGAUUCAAUCAGUGUUCAUCAUAUGGAGAGAUCAAAAAGGUUCAGUGGACAGACAUCUGUGGCUUAUACACCAUCCUCAUCUCAACAGGGUGCAAGCCUGAGCAGCAAAUGAUGUACGCAGGCAGCAAGAACCAACUGGUCUCCGCAGCAGAGCUCACAAAGGUCAGGACUAUUGUCUGUUUCAAGAAUUGACUGUUAAUAAUAAUCUGAACAUAAGCCCAACCCUAAACACACAAAAUAGAUAAGUUAUAAAUGUUCAGAAAAUAAGCAUGUUUAGCCUGAUCCUCCUACCCCUUUUUUCUCAAUAGGUUUUUGAGACACGAAACAUAGAUGACUUGUCUGAAGAGUGGCUGAUAAACAAACUGUCUUUCUUUCGCUGA